GUUUUUUUUUGUUGAACAAAUUAAAUAAAUUAUGUUACCCUUUUUUUUUAACUUGAAAAACACAGCCUGCAAGCUCAUUCUUUUAUGCACAAGUUUCUCAGUGUCCGCUUCUACUUUCUUAGACAAUCUUCUAGGAAUCAGAUUUCCUUUUCUAGUUUCCACCCUUUUUUUAAUUUUCAUUCUCUUUUUCGGUUUUCCCCUUUGUCUCAAGAGGGGAAUUGUGUCUUUUUUGUUUAAAAACUAACAAACUUGUGGUGAUUCAUUUCAGUCUAUGCAGUGGUGGUCUUGGGUUGCAGUGUAAAUAAGGUAGCAGAAGAAACUCCUCGUUCCUUGCUGCUUUUGGAAGUGUGGAAGGAAAUUCUGAAAUGGAAUAUCUACCCAUUUUCUCUUUCAUUUCAAUGUUGUGUUUGGCUCUGUGGCAUGGGAGUGCUGAACCUGUUGAAGACAAGGAGGCUUUGCUUGACUUUGUGAACAAGUUCCCACCUUCUAGGCCUCUGAAUUGGAAUGAGAGUUCCCCCAUGUGUGCUUCCUGGACUGGUGUGACAUGCAAUGAAGACAAGUCUAGAGUAAUAGCAAUUAGGUUGCCAGGGGUUGGAUUUCAUGGCACUAUUCCACCUGAUACUAUUAGCCGCCUCUCAGCACUGCAAACUUUGAGCCUCAGAUCCAAUGUGAUAACUGGCCAUUUUCCUUCUGAUUUUUCCAAUCUAAAGAACUUGUCUUUUCUCUACCUUCAGUUCAACAAUUUGUCUGGUCCUUUGCCUGAUUUCUCAGCCUGGAAGAACCUCACUGUUGUCAAUUUCUCCAAUAACCAUUUCAAUGGCACCAUCCCUUUCUCCCUUAACAACUUAACUCAGCUUGCUGGUUUGAACCUUGCAAACAACUCACUCUCUGGUGAAAUUCCUGACCUCAAGCUGUCUAGAUUGCAGAUGCUGAAUUUGUCCAACAACAACUUGCAGGGCAGUGUGCCUAAGUCCAUGUUGAGGUUUCCUGAGUCUGCAUUCUCUGGGAAUAACAUUUCCUUUGGAAGUUCUCCUGCAGUUUCUCCCGCGGCGCCUCAACCGGCUUAUGAGCCUUCUCUGAAGUCUAGGAAGCGUGGAAGGCUCAGCGAGAUGGCUCUGCUGGGAAUCAUUGUUGCUGGUGGUGUUUUAGGACUUUUAGCUUUUGUUUCUUUGAUGUUUGUGUGCUUCUCAAGAAGCAGUGACGAGGAUGAGGCCUUCAGUGGAAAGUUGCACAAGGGAGGAAUGUCUCCUGAAAAGGCAGUCUCAAGGAACCAGGAUGCAAAUAAUAAGCUGGUUUUCUUUGAGGGAUGUAGUUAUGCCUUUGAUUUGGAGGAUUUGUUGAGGGCUUCUGCUGAGGUGCUGGGAAAGGGAACUUUUGGUACUGCAUACAAGGCAAUACUAGAGGAUGCAACCACGGUUGUUGUGAAGAGGUUGAAGGAGGUAGCCGUUGGAAAGAAGGAUUUUGAGCAGCAUAUGGAGAUUGUAGGAAGUCUUAAGCAUGAGAAUGUGGUUGAGCUCAAGGCGUAUUAUUAUUCCAAAGAUGAGAAACUCAUGGUGUAUGAUUACCACAGUCAGGGUAGCAUCUCUUCCAUGUUGCAUGGUAAAAGAGGAGAGGAUAGAGUGGCUUUAGAUUGGGAUACUCGGCUGAAAAUAGCCUUAGGUGCUGCAAGAGGCAUUGCACGUAUCCACCUUGAGAAUGGUGGCAAGCUUGUACAUGGCAACAUCAAAUCCUCAAACAUCUUUCUCAACACCAAACAGUAUGGCUGUGUGUCUGACCUUGGCCUGGCAACCAUAUCAAGCUCACUAGCCCUGCCAAUCUCACGAGCAGCCGGUUACCGUGCACCCGAAGUUACCGACACCAGAAAGGCAGCACAGCCCUCAGAUGUUUACAGCUUUGGUGUGGUGCUGCUAGAGCUUCUGACUGGGAAGUCUCCUAUCCACACAACUGGUGGUGAUGAGAUUAUCCACCUUGUGAGGUGGGUUCAUUCUGUUGUACGUGAGGAGUGGACAGCUGAAGUGUUUGACUUGGAGCUGAUGAGAUAUCCAAACAUAGAAGAAGAGAUGGUUGAGAUGUUGCAGAUAGCCAUGUCAUGUGUGGUGAGGAUGCCUGAUCAGAGGCCAAAGAUGUGUGAAGUUGUGAAGAUGAUAGAAAAUGUGAGGCAGGUUGAUGCAGAGACUAAAAUUUCUCAACGUGACACUGGUAACACUCCUUCCACUCCUUCCUACAUCUUAAGAGGAAGUGAAUGAAACAAACAUCUUGCCCUUUGUUUCAUUUUAGUGCAUCUUGUCAAUGUUUAGCUGUUAUUAUUCUCAUUAUUAUUUUUUCCUCAUAUUUAAGUUGCCUUGCCUGAGUUGGUUUAAUAUUAACUGGUAUUUGAUUUGAUCCUGCGUAAAAGGAAGUACCAUGCGCUGGUACUGCAAUCAAGUGGUUAUAAUGUGAACCAUUUCUUGUGUGUGUGAACUGUGAUUACUAAGUAGCAAGAGGUAUAACAACUAUUGCCCCUAUUAUUUUAUA